AUGGGGAGCGACGACAAAGCCGUAGCCAAGCCAACUGAGGACGAAAUGACUGGUCAGAAACGCAAGGCCAUUGACGAUGCAAAGAUUACGUCGUUCUUUAAGACUGGAAACGAGAAGCAGGAGGAGGAAAAGACGGACGAGACCGAGAAAAAGACGGAGAAAAAGGAGGACCAAGACGAUGACGAGAAUGAUGAAGACGAUGAAGACGAGGACGUUGAGGAGGACGAUGACGACGAAGAUGACGACGGUGACAGUGGAGAGGAAGAUAUGGCUCCGCGGAAGAAGAAGCGGCGGACGCGAGACAGCGAUGAUAGUGAAGACAGCGGUGACGAGUCCGAGCCUGAGCUCAAGAUGACGGAGGACGACCUUGUGGGCGUCGACACGACGAAUAUCAUCCCACGUUCUCGGCGCCGUGCGGCAGUUGCUGCGAUGGCGCUGGCGUCGGAGGAACUUGCAGCUUCUACGGGUGUUGCACCUGCUGCUGCUGCUGCGGUCAAUGAUCGUAAGGACGACGGCGACGACGAUGAUGGCGAAUCUAGCGACGAAGCGGAGUUUUAA